AUGCCCAAGUGUAAGGCGGGAUAUCGGCCCGCGGGUUCGUUAUGCGUGCACGACUGUAGCGCGUACGGCGGGAAAUGGACCAACUGCGGGAUGGGCUGCGCGCCGAGCAAGGAGGAGUGUGCGAAGAACGUCUACAGUCAGGCACGUUGCGCGCCGAGCAAAGAGAAACUUAUUGCUCACGUGGAGACCCACCCAUCCGUACCAUCCAUAUCCAUCUGUACCCAUCCACUCCCAUUCAUACCCAUCCGUACCCAUCUGUAUCCAUACCCAUACUCCCCUCUCCCCCCCCACCUCUCUUCCUCCCGUUCCUUUCCCCCCUCCCCUCUUGUCCCUCGCGUCGUCGCACAACAGCUCACGACGACGGCGGUUUGGGUCGCCAACGUCGUCAUUCCGGGUUCUGCGAUCUUCGCCAGUCGCAUGAGCGCGAUUGGCGCUCCUGUCGCCAUGUCUUACGGCGGAGUGAAGGGCGUUGCGCGCAUGACGCGCGGGCCCGACGCGAUGAUUGCGCGCAAGACGAUGGAGAAGCGCGCCCUCGUCGCCAUGCUCACCGCGGCGCACGCGCGGAGGCUGGACAAGAACGGCGGGGCGGUCGGAAUCUUCUCCCCCAGAACGCAGGCUCGACAAGAACGGUGGGACGGUCAGAAUCUUCUCCCCUGGGACUCAGAACAAGCCCGCCCGCCAACACAACAGGUCGGCGCAUACCCUUACCCUCUCUUCAUCCUCUCCUCCCCGUCCCCUUCUUACCCACCUUCUUCCCAACCCUCUUCCCCACCCUCUUCCUCCCUCCCUCAGAACAAGCCUGCCCGCUACCAGCAGUGCCGGCAGUGCAACCAGAACAAGCCUGCUCGCCACCAGCAGUUCAGGCAGCGCAACCAGAACAAGCCUGCUCGCUACCAGCAGUUCAGGCAGCGCAACCAGGUGUCCACUCAGAUGGCGACACGUGUCGCUGACGUCAUGGUCAGGGCUGUGCGCAAGGAUAAAGCAGCCGUCAAUAUUGAGGACCUUGCCAAGUACGAUCCUUCCGGGACGCUCCCCAUGCUCGUGGCCUACAGCCAUCCCCUGUGCAGCAAGAGUGAGUGCUUUGAGUGUCGCACCUUCCUCCACCUGUUGUACCUCCCCCUGCUAUACCUCCCUCUGUCGUCAAUAUCGGGGGCCUUGCCAAGUACGACCCUUCCGGGACGCUUCCCGUGCUCGUGGCCUACAGCCACCCCCUGUGCAGCAGAGUGA